GUCUGCGGCUCGACGCCGCAGCGCGACCUCGGCCCGCGGGCCCGCCGCCCCCGGCGAGGCGGCCGCCAGCGCCGGCCAGCGGGUGACGCCCCAGCGCCCGAGCGCGCCGGCCGCGGCGCCGAGCCAUCGGGGCCCCAGAGGGCGACCGGCGCGGUGGGCUGCCUGGAUGCGCUCGGGCUGGUGCUCGGGAGGCCCAAUCAUGGGAGCGCCCAGGGCUCUCAAGGGAGCAGGUCGCUGCCCACCGCUGGCGCUUCCGCCGCCGCCUCGGGGGUGGCUCGCGUCGGGGGGCAGCUGCAGAGGAAGACGGCCAACCUCCUCGGAGAUUUCUGGGAGGGGCAGCGGAAGUGGCAGAAGCACAGCUCCGUGAGGGCGAUGGUGAUGGAGGCGGGCCCCGGCGCGAUACGGAAUCACGGCGAUGCCGAGUGGCUCGAUCACUUAGCGCGCGAGUGCUGGCCGAGAGUCCAAAAGUACGUGGAGACCCUUGUGUCGGAGACGAUCGAGCCACUGAUCAACAGGCUCCUGCCGAAUGUUUUGAAGGGCUCUGUCCGCUUCAGUCGCGUGAAUCUGGGAAAUGCGACACCCAAGUUUGGCCCGUUGGAGGUGAUCUCGUCUCCAAAAGUUGGUACCAUCGAGUGUCGUUGUGGCAUGCGCCUGGAGACAUCAGACCUGCAUGUGGGCUUGACUGCGAUGGGGCUUCCUCUCGGCAUCUCGAAGAUCACCCUGGACGGCAGAAUCUCCGUAGUCUUCCGGCCACCGCUGGCCAGGCCCCCAUUCUUCGGGGGCCUCGAGGUCUACAUGGUCAACGCCCCGGACCUCGACAUCGAGUUCCGAGGGGCCGCUCAGAUUGCGCAGUCUGCGUCCGUAAGGCCUGCGGUCCGGACUGCCAUUCGUCAGGUGAUCUCUCGCGUCAUGGUCCUGCCAAACCGCAUCGCCGUGGACCUCGACGACUCCGACGACGUGGAUAUAGCAGACUUGAAGUGCCCGGACCCUGUGGGCGUCCUCAGGCUCACGGUGCUGAGGGCCGAGAACCUGCUGGCUGCCGACUUUGCGCUGCCUGGCGCGGAGGCCUCCUCUGACCCCUACGUCGUCGUGAAGGUGGGAGCCCACUGCUGGAGCACCUCGGUGGUGAGGCAGAACCUGAACCCCGCGUGGGGCCACGACGGCGCCGGGGAGACCCACGACUUCUUGGUGCACGACCCGGCGCAGGAGCUGAGCGUGGAGGUGUUCGACCAGGACAUGAUGUCGAGCGACGACAUCAUCUCGGCGGCGACGAGGGAUCCCGCUCUCCCGCCUGGCGGGCCCGGGUGGCCCCGGAGGCGCCGUCGAGCUCGAGCUGGCCGGGGCGGGCGGGGAGCCUCUGCCCGGCAGGCUCUUCGUCGCGGGGAGCUGGCUGGACCUCCGGCCGCGGCACUCCGGCUUCUGCGCCCUGCUCUUCCUCGGGAUCCCGUGCAGGAGGUGCGGGGCUUGCCGUCGGACGCCCUCUUCCCGUUCCGGGUCGAGGCGUCCGUCCAGGGCAGCAAGGCCGCCACAAGGAUUGAGAAUAGCUUCGCGAACAGGGCCCGGGGGGCGGCGAGGCCUCUGCGGGAGCUGUGCCUCGAGAAGCUCCGCGGCGGCGAGGGCGUCCCAGCGGUGUGCCAGUCGCUGGGCCUGACGAGGAGCAGGUGA